UUGGUGACACCACUACUCACGCAAUGACAACGGAAGUACAGAACAGGAAGCAGUUCAAGAAAACGGUUUUUGGUUUCUACCUAUAUUAGUUAGAAGAUUAUUUUAUAUGUGCUAAGUCUAAAGUUUAUUUCUACUGUUAACGUUAGCUUUCUGGAAAGCAUAGCAACAAUAAAAGGCAAGAUUUGCUCGGCGAACAGAUGCUAAUUAGCGUGUCUCAUCUGGCCGGACAAACCAGCAGGUGGACGGUAAGCCUCUACGCACCCAUUCACCUCAGCAGGUGUCUGCAGUCGCUGGGACAGAUGCCAUUCUGCCAUGUCGCCUCACGGCAUCUGUGGGACCCCCACGUGUCAUGGCGGUGGAGUGGUUACGGGUAGAUGGUCCUUCCCCACUGACGGUCCAUGUUUUCCGUGACGGCCAAGAGCUCGUCAAGGAGAAAGCACCAGAAUAUCUGAUGAGGACGGAGAUAAUGAAGGAUGGUUCCCUCAAGUUAUCAGGUGUCCAAAGGCGGGACAGUGGCACCUACAGGUGUGUCCUCCUGAGUGUAUCAUCUGGACAAGAAGUCACAUUUGUCUCUCUCGUGGUCGCUCUCGCGUCUGAGGUGAACCUAUCAGUCCAGCGGACUUCAGACAACGAGCUUCUUGUACACUGUGAGUCCAGUGGCUGGAGUCCGAAGCCGCUGGUUUCUCUGCUGGACUCCAGGAGGAAAAACAUCCACGCUGCUCACAAGGAGUCUUCGGUCCGACCUGACGAUGUCUUCUCUGUCAGGGCGUUCAUUAACAUGGCAGCAGCAGAAGGAAAUGGGACGUUCAUCUGCAGAGUGGAAAUACCUGAAGUGAACCUGGCCAAAGAGAACCAGAUUUCUAUCACUGAUGAGUUUGAUCCCUUGCAGACAGGAUGUGGUUAUUGUCACAAGUUGGUCGUUGCCGCCACGCUCGUCGCUUUCGCCAUCGUAGCUUCUGUUCUUCUCGUGAAGAAGCGGCAUCUGAAAGUGCUCUGCAGCAGUUCGAUCACAUGGGAGGCAGAGGAACAACAAGCUGAGUAUGGAGACAUCAACAUGCUGGAUACAAUCGGAGCUUCUGAAAUCACAGCCAGCACAAACCAGCUGAACAUCAGCGGCAAAGAAGCAUCCUACGAGCUAGCACGGAGAGACUGGGAUGAAUUGCUCAAGUACAAAAUGCAAAUUCGCAAUGUGGGAACAAAACUUGGUGUCCAGCCUGCCCUGAUUGCUGCCAUUAUCUCCAGACAGUCUCAGGCUGGAAUCAACCUGAACACCACCGGCUACGGACAGACGGACCCAAACUGCUUUGGCCUCAUGCAGAUCAAUAAGCAUUACCAUGCGGUGAAAGGAGGCGCGUUCAGCGAGGAGCACGUGGACCAAGGAGUCACCUACCUCAUCCAGCUCAUAAAGACGAUGAGGAGGACGAAGCGGGACUGGAGCAAAGAACAGCAGCUGAAAGCUGCCCUGGCCUGUUACAUAGCAGGUGAGGACAAAGUCAUUCCUUUGAGGUACGAAGAACUGGACAGCGUGACGGUUAAUGGGGACUUCAGCAACGACGUGGUCGCCAGAGCACAGUGGUUCAUCCGCCACGGCUUCUAGAAGGGAGAUCACUUCAUCCUUUUUCUCCUGUUCUUCAUGUUUAAGGAGAAUUCCUGUUUUUUCCUGUCACACCUCGUCAGUGUUGCUUAUUUAUUGUGAAGGUGUUUUCAAGAUCGAAUCGAAGUGUCUGCAGACGUCAUGGGAGACCACAUGAAGGACUCAGUUUGAGAUAUUGCAGCUCUGAUCUUGGUGGGGUGAAAUACAUGAAAGCUCCAGUUUAACCAAGACGACAAAAUAUUUUUAGCCUAUUUCAUGGUGUGUUACAUUUCAAUCUGUUUUACAUGUGGGGAUGAAAGCUGAAGUUCAGUUUGGAGGUCACAAGCAGAAAUCAGGUCUUUUCUUUGUUACUGUGUUUUAAACAGUCACACUGCAUUUAAACAUUGUCGAUUUGGUGUGCUGUCUGUGACAGAUUCAGUUUAUAUGUAUCUAUACUACGUCCAUCUGAACUUGAGUCUGGAAGCCUUCGGUUUAAGUUUAUUCAGUUUACUAUUUCUAGACAAGCAGCCUGUUCAGAAACAUGUUUCCAAGUGAAUUCCAGUCAAACUGGUAAAAAUAGCUUGCUCUCGCUGAGAGAAGGCCUGAAGGUCUGAUGUGACAGCUGACAAUCCUCUGUUGAGACUUUCUUCAUACAAAAACUGUGACUUAAUGUUUUCACUUCCAGAAGUUGAGCACAAUCCCAAUGUGAAGCAUGUGCGGGCCUUGGCCUUCACCGGCAGCCAUAUUUCUCUCGGUUCCAACAGUUUGUGACCUCAGCCGCCCGCUGCUGCUGACGGGUGGCCCGACGUUGAUCGGUGUGGAUCCAGUAACCUGCAUACGGGGCCCCAGUCCCAACAUGUCUGGGGUCUGUUUUAUAAAGGCGCAUUCCAACGGCAGAUUCCAAACGACAUCGUCACUGACAAAUGAAUCCCUGGUCUCGCCAACGCAGCUGCUCGAGAGGAGCUCAAGCAGGACGCCAUUUCCACUGGUCUUUGCCAUGUUAGCCCAUUGAAUACUUUGAGUGCCCACUGGCACUUCUAAAGUGCUGAUUCAGUGUUUUUGGUGUAAACACCAUAUAUUUAUUUUUGAAAUCUUGGACACAAGGUUGUAUCUUGUUUGCCUGAGUCUGAGUUAGUAUGGUGCUGAUAAAGUUCUCUGUGUCCUCAGCUGUGAAUCUCCCGCAGAUAUUUUUUGGUCCUGGAAAUAUGAAAGUCGCUGGAAUAUGAAACUUAAAUGUUUACAGAAUGUAAAGAAAGAACAACGUCACAUUUGUUUGCAACAUGCAGUGAUUAUAUGUAAAUAAAUAUUCAACUCUU